CCAGUCUUUCCCCUGAAAGCGAGUGAAAGAAGAACGAAAGAAGCGAAGCUGAAUCGGAACCUGCUCGUCUCGCUCCGAAGCUCGCGGCGAGAUCCUACGAUCGCCGCCUUCCUCCGAUGGCCGCCAUCUACAGCCUCUUCAUCAUCAACAAAUCCGGAGGCUUGAUCUUCUACAAGGAUUACGGAUCUGCGGGGAGGAUGGACACGAACGACAGCUUGAGAGUGGCGAGCCUGUGGCACUCGAUGCACGCCAUCUCUCAGCAGCUGUCCCCGACCGUCGGAUGCUCCGGGAUCGAGCUCCUGGAGGCCGACGCGUUCGACCUCCACUGCUUCCAGUCCCUUACUGGGACAAAAUUUUUUGUCGUCUGUGAGCCCGGAACUCAGCAUAUGGAGGCUCUGUUAAAAGUCAUCUACGAGCUAUACACAGACUAUGUUCUGAAGAACCCGUUUUAUGAGAUGGAGAUGCCAAUUCGGUGUGAGCUCUUUGAUCUCAACCUGUCACAGGCACUGCAGAAAGAUCGCGUAGCAUUGUUGGGACGAUAGUGUGCUUAGUUUUUCCUUUUUUGGCUGAAAAAGAUAGCGUGCUUAGUUCAUAAUUGAUCUCAUUCUUCUUGAAUGAAAUUCUUCCGUAAGCAUUGUGGUUA